AUGGCCGUGCCGGUGUCCGUGGCCGCGGCGGUCCCUGCCCGGGCCGGGCCCCGCCUGGCCCUGGCGCUGGGGCUGGGGGCGGGCGCCGGCCUCGGCCUCGGGCUGCUCUGGGCCCUGCGCCGCCGCUGGAGGGAGGCGGCCGCGCCGCACGGCCGCGGUACGCGCGGGGAGAGCGGCCCCGGAGCGGGCCCGGAGCGGGCUGGGCAUGGAGGGGACAGGGCUGGACAGCUCUUUCACUACCAGAUAUUAAUUUCUUUUUCCUUUUCCCUUCCUCACAGGUCCCACCUGGAAGAAACCCAGAGACUGAACCGCCGGAGGAGGUUCCCCCAUCCCAGGGAGAGAAGUGACUCCACAGGCUCCAGCUCCAUUUAUUUCACAGCCAGCUCAGGGAAUGCCAACACGGAUGAUGGAGAGAGUGAAGGGGGCUACACCACGGCCAACGCCGAGUCCGACUACGACCGGGAGUCGGAGAGGGAGAGCGAGGAAGGGGAGGAUGAAGUGAGCUGUGACACAGUGAGGACGGUGCGCCGGGAUUCCCUGGACCUGGUCACCGAGGAUGAAGCCCCUCUGGCCCUGGAUUCCUCUCUGGAGGAGGGGCUGGGGCAGCUCCUGCAGCAGGCCGACCGCCUGCACGCCGGGGACGAGCGGGACAGGAGAGAGGGGUUCCAGCUGCUCCUCAACAACAAGCUGGCGGUAAAGGUGCCUUGUGGUGUCCCUGUGCUGGGGGAGGGGAAGAAAGAGCUGGAACUUGCCUUACAGAAGUGGGAUCAAAGUGCUGAGUGCCACCAGUGGUUUGCCAUCCUUUGUGGGCAGCUGUCGGAACGUGAGAGCAUUCCCAAGCGCAUCCAGGCCGGGUGUGUUUUCAAGGAACACAUUGACAAAGCCAUUGAGCUGAAACCAGAGGACCCCCAGCUCUACUAUCUCAUGGGCAGGUGGUGUUACCAGGUUGCCCACCUGGGAUGGCUGGAGAAGAAGACGGUGUCAGCACUGUUCGAGGCUCCUCCGACGGCCACGGUGCAGGACGCGCUCCAGAACUUCCUGCGGGUCGAGGAGCUGAGCCCAGGAUUUUCCAAAGCAGGAAGAGUUUACAUUGCCAAGUGCUACAGGGACCUGGGGAACAGCACUGCUGCUGCGCUCUGGACGAGCCUCGCCUCCGAGCUGCCAGGGAGCACAAAAGAGGAUGCAGAAAGCGAGCGGGAUCUCGAGGAGAUGCGCUUGGACCACAAGGAAUAAUUCUGGAAAAAGUCAUCCCAGCGGGUACUGCAGAGACAGCAAAAUGCCAAAGGGGUUUCAUGAUCCUGACAAUUCCGAGUGCACUUCGUGGAUAAGCCAAAAGAGCUUACAGGAAAACACACCCAGCAGCACAUCCAGGAGAACAUCUUGGAUUUAGUGGGAUAAAAUCGUGGUUUGUUUUCCCUCGUACAGCACUGCAUGUGUUUGAUUUGAGGAUCCCUAAAAAUGUCACUUUCCUGAAAACAGGUGUGCGUGUGGGAGUUUAUAGGUAGAGUUUGUGACAGAGAAAUAUUUGUGGUCAUAUGUAUAUAUAUGGUAGAUAUAUGUGAGAUAUAUACUUUGUGAUAUAAAUAUAUAUAUUUAUGUAUGCACAUAUAUAUUUUAUAUCACACACUCUGCCUGUCAGACAGCCUUGCUGCUGGUCUCCCAGCUCGUUCCUGAGGAAAAUUUUUUCCAGAUUACUUGUUUCCUCUUUUCCUUAAUGAUUCAUUGACUCAGUUGAAAUAACUGAUAAUGCCUUUUGUAGAUAUUUAGGGGAGAGCAAUUUCCUAGCGGGACCAAGGAGCUUUCCUGCGCCAUCCAGGCUGGAUUUUAAGAGGUUUGUUAGUCAGAGAAGUGAGGAAUAAGAUUUUAAACUUGAGGAUUUCCUCCCAGAGAAGUUCCUCCCAUCACUCCCACGAGGCUGAAAACUUCUGUCCCUCCAAAUUGUGCUGCUGUGGUUUAGCUGGAAUAACUGAGUUUGGAGGAUAGUUAUUGAUCAGGGAUCGGGUUCCAGGAGCAGGAAUAUCCUGUGGCAGAGCUGAUGCUUCGCUGUGAUCUUCUUCUACCACUUAGCAGAUUUAUUAUCUUCCAAUUAAUUAACCUCUGGACUAAUGAGGCGACGCCGAGGAGGUGAAGCCGACGACUGACAUUUCCUCUGGCAGCUCCUGGUGACCAAGCAGGAACAGGGAAUUGUGCUGGACACUGACACAGAUGGAGAAGGAAAACCUGUCUUGAGAAAUUACCCAAAUAUUUAUCAAGGCUUCCUUGAUGCCCCUUAAAAUUCCAAUGGCAGCUACUGAACACUGAUUUUUGAGCAUCUGUUCCAUGAUGUGGUGGUUGUGAGGGGUAAAGUGAGAAAGUGUGAGAGUAAAACAUUCCUUAAAUCACCUUUUUAGUCCCUCACAUGUGUGAUGGUUUUGUUACUUCCUGAAAAUAAAAUUGGAAGGGAAACAUACAGCAAACUCGAGUGUAAAAACUUCCUGGUUUAUAGAUUUGGCAAUUUUCAGCUUUUUUUUUUUCCCCCUCUCCAAAUUAAACUCUAAAAUGUUGGUGCUGGACUCUUCCCCUGCCAACCAGGCACGUGUGCAAUUAACUGUAUUUGCUUAAAACAAUAAAAAUUGGUAUUUAUAAAUGGAAAACUAAA